CCCCGCGCCGCCGUCGGUCGGAAGGAGCGGGGCCGGGCCCACGUGGUGCAGCAGCCCCGGAGCCCCGACGGCCGCCCCGCGCUCCGCCCCCGCCCGCGGUCCCUGUCCCGGCCGGGCCUGGAGGGGACCCUCACCCGGGACCGUCCUCCAUCCUCGCCGGCCGCGCGGGGCCCCAGGUGAGCCCUCACCCGGGGACCGUCCUCCAUCCUCGCCGGCCGCGCGGGGCCCCAGGUGAGCCCUCACCCGGGAACCAUCCUCCAUCCUCGCCGGCCGCCCGGGGUCCCAGGUGAAGUGCGCCAAUGGCUGCUGUUUACUCUGGCAUUUCCCUUAAGCUUAAAAGCAAGAGGACUUCCUGGGAAGAUAAACUAAAGCUAGCGCACUUUGCUUGGAUCUCUCACCAGUGCAUUCUUCCAAAAAAAGAGCAAGUAUUACUUGACUGGGCCAGCCAAUCAUUAGUCUCAUUUUAUAAGAAGAAACUUGAACUGAAGGAGGACAUUGUUGAAAGGCUCUGGGUCUACGUAGAUAACAUUCUGCAUAGCAAAAAGCUGCAGCACCUCCUCAAGAAUGGAAAGACCGUCACCCUCCAGAUCUCCCUGGUCAAGGUCAUCAACGAGAGAAUCGCCGAGUUCUCCCUGUCGGGAUCCCAGAGGCACGUCGGUGCCGUGCUCAGCUGCUGCCAGGGCGUCCUGUCCACGCCGGCCCUCGCGGUCAUCUACACGGCCCGGCAGGAGCUGCUGGUGGCCCUGCUGAGCCAGCUGUGCCGGGCGGCCUGCCGGCAGCCGGAGGCCUCCGCGGCGCCGGCCCUGCUGUUCGAGGUCACUCACCUGGCCCUGGGCCAUUACCUCUCGGUCCAGCAGCAGCAGGUCAACCCCAGGCGGGCCUUCGGGGAGGUGACCGGCCACCUGCUCCAGCCCUGCCUGGUCCUCAGGCACCUGCUCUCGGGGGGCACGUGGGCGCAGGCCGGCCCGGGCCAGCUGCGGCCGGCCCUGAGCCGGGACCUCCGGAGCCAGCUGGAGGCCGUGCUGCGCGGCGGUGCCUUCCAGCCCGAGCUGCUCUCGUCCUACAAAGAGGAGCUCUUGGACCAGCCGCCGGAGGACACCAAGAUGGGCGCCAUGAAGAACCUGCUGGCUCCCACGGCCACCGUGAUCGCCCGGCUGGCGGACGCCGGCUACUGCGAGCCGCCCCUCCACGCCGCCGUCGUGGCCAGCUCGGUGGCCCUGCUGUACAAGCUCUUCCUCGACUCGUACCUCAAGGAGGGGACCCAGGUCCUGUGCUUCCAGGCGCUGCCCCGGCUGUUCGGCUGCCUGAGGGUGGCACGCCUGCAGGAGGGGCCGGGGCCAGCCCUGUCCACGUCCGAUUGGACCACGGAGCUCCUGGUCGUGGAGCAGCUGCUGGCCUCCGUGGCCAACAACAACAUCUACAACAUCGCGGCCGACAGGAUCCGCCACGGGGAGGCCCAGUUCCGCUUCUACCGCCGCCUGGCCGAGCUGCUGGUCAGCCACCCGCAGGCCUCCGUGCCGGCCUGGUUCCGCUGCCUGCGGGCGCUGCUGUCGCUGAACCAUCUGAUCCUGGAGCCCGACCUGGACGACCUGCUGGCCUCGGCGUGGAUCGACGCCGAUGUGACCGAGCUCCGGACCAGAAAGGCCCAGGAGGCCCUGGUGCACACGCUCUUCCAGACGUACGUCAAGCUCCGGCAGGUGCCGCGGCUGUUGGAGGAGGUGCUGGGGGUGAUCUGCCGGCCGGCCGCCGAGGCACUGAGGCCGCCGGUGCUGGCCGCGGGCCCCUCCUCGGCCCUCCGCGAGGGCCUCCUGGACCUGCCCCCGAAUCAGAUCCUGGACACAUGGGCCCUGGUGCUGGACAAGUUCGGGGCCGCCGUCCUGCCCUGCCUGCGGGGCGACGUGGACAUGGCCCUGAAGGCGCUGUCCCUGAGCGCGCUGCUGCACUGCGUCAUGGCCCACACGCGGUGCCCGGACGGCGGCACGCCCCUGCCCGUGGUCCGGCGGACGCGGGCCACCAUGGAGCGGAUGCUCCGGGAGCUCGUGCAGCCCCUGCUGGGCCUCCUGCUGGCGCCCCCGGGCCCGGGGCCGGAGCUGUGGCUGCAGAAGGUCGGCGAUGCCGCGCUGCUGCUCGCGCACACCUGGGCCCAGGUGGACGCCACGUUCGGCCUGCACUGCAGCCAGUAUCGCUCCGCGUCGUCGUCGGGGGCCCUCACGGCCGAGGCCCUGGAGAGCUCAGGCCUCCCUCCGUUGCUCCCGGGCGUGGAAGCACGCAGCUGGAGGAAGAUCGAAAAGGCCGCGGCCCGGUUCGACUCCGUCGGCAGGUACUGCCUGGAGCAGCUCCACCUGCAGAAGAUGAAGAGGACUUUAGUGCAGACGGGUUCGCAGUCCGAAGGGGCCCUCCAGGCCCUGAGGGCCGAUGCCACCUACAUCCUGGGUUCCGGCCGGGAGGGCUUGGCCCGGGGGACGGCGGCUGCCUGGGAUGGGCAGGUGGGCACGGUGAGCGCGGACACGUACCCCGUCGCACACUGGCACCUGGUGGUGUCCAACCUCACCAUCUUAGUACCCUACCUCGGGCCGGGCGACGUGCGGUACCUGGCCGGCGUCCUGCUGAGGACGUUGCCCGUGAAUGGGGCUCAGGACGGCCCCGCCGACGAGGAGCCGCGGGUCACGCUGGGGAAGAUCUCCGAGGCCGUGGUCCGCAGCCCCCUCUUUCCAGAGCUUCCGUCCCUGUACGCCGCCUUCCUGACCAGCCUCGCCGAGGGCUGCGCCAGCGUCCUGCGCGCGGGCGCCCGGGGCGACCCGGGGCCUCUCCGCCAGCAGCUGCCCUGGCUCUUUGAGGAGGACCCUGUGGACGGGACCCCUUGGGAAACCAGAUUGGCCAAAGUGGGACCCGAAGGAACAGAACCCAGAGGGGAGGUCGCCCAGAGCUUGCUCUCCUUGGUCCAGGGCGGCUUCCCCAUCCGGCUGGAGGAGGAGCCGCUGGGGCGCCUCCUGGGGCUGCUGGAGGUCGUGUCCGCCCUGCAGCUGGACAGCCUGGCGCCCCCCCGCCACACGCACUACUUCCUCCUGCUGCUGUCCGCGGCCCUCGCCGUGCCGGGGGGCUCUUGCUCCCCGGCCCUGGCCCUGACGUUUCUGACCACCUGCUACCGGCUCCUCGGCCGCCUGCAGCGAGGGAAGAGCGGCCGCUCCGUGCUCAAGGUCAUGUACGCCAGCGACCUCUGCGAGAUCGCCCUGACCUCGCUGUUCAGGGCCUGCCGCGGGCUGCGCGUGGACGGGGACGCCGCGCCCUGGCGGGAGUUCCUCCGGGCGGCGGAGACCUUCCUGGAGCAGCUCCUGCAGAUGCUGGUGCAGGUGAAGCACAGCCUGGUGCUCAACUUCGGGAAGAUCCUCGCCUUCCUCUCGGGGUGCAGCGCGUACACGGAGGCAGCCGCGGGCAGACAGCGGGAACAGCCCCGCCCUCUGGGCCGACAGCUCCUGCUGGCGUCGCUGGCCGCCCUGUGCCGCGUCCUGGGGCCCGUGGUCCGCGAGCGGAGGCCGCAGCCGGACGCCCCCGAGGCGCUGCCGGGGCUGCUGCGGCAGGCGGUGCUGCGGACGGGCGCGGUGCUCCAGCCCUGGGCGGCCCGCGGCCCCCCGCCCGCCGCCCUCCUCGCCGCGGUCAGCGCCCUCCUGGAGGCCGACCUGGGCCAGCACCCCGGGCCCGGGGCGUCCCCAGCGCCGGACGGAACGCGGCUCUCGCACCCGGACCUCUACCGGGGCGUGUACUCGCAGCUGCUGGCGGAGCUGCCCGCCCUGGCCACCGACGCCCCGGCCUUCCAGGCGGCCGUGAGCUUCUUGGCGCUCUUCUUCUCGGCCCCAGAGCUCCACCCCGAGGGGGAGUCUGUCUUCACCGCCGUGUUUCAGUCUGUGAGAAGGGUUCUCGCAGACCCCACCGUUCCGGCUCCGGCGGUUCAGGCCAUCGAGCCUCACCUGGGAGCCCUGCUCGCCCACCUGCUGGCGGCCGGGACGACCCAGGACUUCCGGGCGAUGCUGCAGUGGGUGCUCCGGGGGCUGGACCUCAGGAACGCGUGGAGCGCAGACCAGCCGGCCAUUUUGUCGGCUGUUACGUUGAUCAAGUUGCUGCUGAGCUGCCCGGUCAGCGAGGAGCAGGCGCGUCUGUUCUGGCGGGCAAGCCCCCAGAUCAUCACGGCUCUGACGCUGCAAAACCGAGAGGCGUGUCAGGAGCAGCCCGCGGCCUUGGCGGUGGUCGAGCCCAUCCUGGACGUCCUGGCCGCCCUGCUGCGCCGGGGGGAGGAGGCCAUCCGCAACCCGCACCACGUCAGCCUGGCCUUCAGCAUCCUGCUGGCCGUGCCCCUGGACCGCCUGAAGCCGCCGGAGUUCGGGCGCGUCUUCCCGCGGGUGCACAGCGUGCUCUUCACCAUCCUGCAGUGCCACCCCAAGGUGAUGCUGAAAGCCGUCCCCUCCUUCCUGAACUGCUUCCACCGGCUGGUGUUUGCGGUGAUGCAUGAAGGCCGGCAGAAGGAUAAAGGUGGCGCGGAGGACCUGGCCGGGGUGCUGGCGUGCGCCCGCCUGGUGGAGAGGAUGUACAGCCACAUCGCCGCCCGGGCCGAGGACUUCACCGUGUUCUCCCCCUUCAUGGUGGCCCAGUACGUGACGGAGGUGCAGAAGGUCACCUUGUACCCGGCCGUGAAGGGCCACCUGCAGGAGGGCAUCUACCUCAUCCUGGACCUCUGCAUCGAGCCCGACGUGCAGUUCCUGCGCGCCUCGCUGCCGCCGGGAGUGCGGGAUGUCUUCAAGGAGCUGCACAACGACUACGUCAAGUACCACCGGGCGAAGCACGAGGGCGAGAGGCGGUACGCCGUCUAAGGACACGCAGGGAGAGGCGGUGCACCGUCUAAGGACACGCGGCGAGGGGCGGUGCACCGUCUAAGGACACGCGGGGAGAGGCGGUGCGCCGUCUAAGGAACACGCGGGGAGAGGCGGUGCGCCGUCUAAGGAACACGCGGCGAGAGGCGGUGCACUGUCUAAGGACACGCGGUGAGGGGCGGUGCGCCGUCUAAGGACACGCGGCGAGGGGCGGUGCGCCGUCUAAGGAACACGCGGGGAGAGGCGGUGCGCCGUCUAAGGACACGCGGGGAGAGGCGGUGCGCCGUCUAAGGAACACGCGGCGAGAGGCGGUGCGCCGUCUAAGGACACGCGGCGAGGGGCGGUGUGCCGUCUAAGGACACGCGGCGAGGGGUGGUGCGCCGUCUAAGGACACGCGGGGAGAGGCGGUAGCAGGAAGACCUGGCGAAUGAAAGGCUUCGAUGUCCAGUGGGAAAUACGUGGAUUAUUUAAUAUGUGCAUUGUAUUUGACAGCCAUGUUUUUCACACAUACCUUUUCAUGCAGUAAGUACUGCAAUAGCGUCCUGAAAACACGCCUUAGAACUGGGCGGACUCAGUAAACAAUUGCCCAGCCUCUCGUCGCCAUUCCAGGUGUGGUUCUUGCCUCGCUCGGUCCCUUCUCCCCACCAAGAACUGUGUAGAACUUGUAAUUAAAGUCCUAUUAAAAUAUCUCUGCCUCUG